GUGACAUCCGAAUACUCAGACACUAUGCGCCACCAGUUCGUCUUAUCCAUUCUGCUCUUGCUGCCGACCGUCCGGGCCGUGGUUGGUCCGAAAAACGGAAGUGAAAUACGACCAAAAAACGAUGAUGAUGUAUCGAUCAACAGUCUGGAUGACGUAGAUCUCAGUUGUGAUGGAGGUAGAUGUGAACCAGAUGGACAAGGCGGUGUCCCAUCGACGAGUUGGACAACCACCAAGAAACCAAAUAUUUUUCAACUGGACAAUAAAUCUUGUCCAGGAUUCGAACUACCUCCAGUUUUCCCUCGGCAACAUUGUGACACAGAUAGAGACUGCUGGCCAAGGAUAUGUUGUGGAUACGGUGGACUCAACGGUCAAAAAUACUGUCGAAUUCCUUUGCCAAGUUGGCGAAACGAUUUAAUGAAAACCAUUACAAAAAGCCUCCGGUCUAGCAGGCCACGAUACCUGCAGUGCAGCCCACCGCCGCCSAAGCGCUACGAUCUGUUCCCGCGGAAGUGCCGUACCACUGUGGACUGCCUGCCUGAUCUUUGCUGCCCGGAAAUUGGAAGAAACGUCUGCCGGCCACCCAAGGAAAUAAUACAGCCAAUCAAGGUCCGGCUGUCCAUCGGGUAGACAGUCUCGGCGUCUGUUUUUUUAUCAGCCCAACUGAAUUUGCAACUCAAUCACGUUUUUUAUCACCGAUCGAAAUACUAAUCUCAAUGUCAAUCCUAUAGAACAUGUUUAUAAUUAUUUUUUUGAAAAUAUUUUAAAUCCAUCGCAAAAGACUUGAAAUCACAAAAUUAUAACACGGCACGUGCUCUACUGAUAAAUAUUUUUAGGACACUUUUUUUUAAUGCGUUCUAAAAUAUUUUCCCGAAACGAUUACAAAACUUUUUCGAUUGUUCUUAUACUAUUAUUUUGSCCUGCGGGAUAACAUUGUUGUUCUGUGUUAUUAUGCAAUCGUACCUAUCUAGUCAUUACUCAUUUGUGAAUUAUUUUUAAUUGUCGAAUCUUUCCAAACACCCGAACGAAGAUAUUACGGAUAAACGUACAA